AUGGCUCACAACGCACCACAAGACAAUGCUGCUCAGAAUGCAUCCCAGGGAAACGCGGCUCCAAAUCCGGUACAAGGCAACGGCGCCCAGAGUGCACCACAACACAAUCCAGCUCCAAAUCCGCCACAGCACAACCCGGUUCUAAACCCACCCCAGAACCCCCCAGCUCCAAACCCACCACAGCAGAACGUAGCUCCGAACCCACCACAAAAUCCUCCAGCUCCGAACCUACCGCAGAACCCUCCAGCUCCAAACCCACCCCAAGUGUAUUUCCCCCGCCGAAUUCUGGAAGACAACAGCCCCAUCCUCAACACCUCCACCCAAACAACCACCGCCUCCUCCCCAGCCCAACACCAGCGCCGAAUCGACGCCUCCCACCCAACUCCCCCCUCCCUCGAAGAACGCGAAGCAGCAGAGUCUUCCGCGAAUGAAGGUCGUCGCCGAAGCUCCAAGUACCGUUUCGCUUCCGCGCGUCGGGACAGCAAGCCCCACAAUGCUCCCGCGGAUAAGCAGCAGGCGAUGAAGCGCAAGGCUGUGGAGAUGGAGAAGGCGGGGAAGAAGAGGCGGGUCGUGUGUGAGGGGUGGGUUGGGGGGUGUCGGUGUCGGUUGUGUAGGUUUCCGGUGGGGGAGGAUGAUGAGGAUAGUGAUGGGGAUGAAGAUGGGGAUGCGGAGGGCGAGGAUGGUGGCCAGGAUGGUGGCGAUGAGGGUGGCGAUGAGGGUGGCGAUGAGGGUGGCGAUGAGGGUGGCGAUGAGGGUGGCGAUGAGGAUGGCGACGAUGAUGGCGAUAUGGACGGCGAUGAGAAGGCUCAAGAUGGUGGAGUGAAGAACUAG